AUGAACAUGAGGGAGCUUCAGAAACAAGCUUUGGAACCCGAGGUUAAGAAGCUCGGGGCUUCGAUCUCCUGGGGCGAUGACUUGACUGGCGUUCCGGAGUUUGAUCGUGAGCCAUCUUUCAUCUCGAGACUGCUGCCAGCUUCCUCCGAUCGUUUCGAGAAGAUCCCCGUCGGCUCCCGCCUGGAGGUCUCGCCAGAGUCAUCAAAGGCCGUGCGAGAGAUGGGGAAGCUGAUUCAGAACGGCGGUGCUGGCCUGGUCAUUGACUAUGGAGCGGACAGAGUGUUCAGUGACAGUAUGAGGAUCGUCGAUAUCUUCCAAAACCCUGGAAAAUGUGAUUUGACGGCAAACGUAGACUUUGCAUACCUCCGCGAGUCUUUGGAAGGAGUCGCUUCUGCGCAAGGCCCGAUCACACAGGCAAAGUUCCUCCUGUCGCUUGGUCUUGAGCCGAGACUCGCCAAGCUGAUCUCUUCGGCACGAGACGAAGAGCGAAGGCAGCGUAUUCGCGAUGGAGCCAUGCGCCUAAUCAACACCUCAGGCAUGGGCAACCAGUAUCAGGUCAUGGGUAUCGUGCCAGAGAAGGUUGCUGCGGACGUUUAUCCGUUCCCUCCGGCGAGCAAAGUACUGAAGCCGUAA